AUGGGCAGGGGCGUGGUUCAGACAAAUCUGACCGAAGGCGUGGCUUACAGACAUUUGGGGCGUGGCUUGCAGGAAUUUCAAGGCGUGGCUUGUAGCCCGCAGGAAUUUUUGCCAUUAGCCUGCAGGUAUUUUUGGCAACUGCUUAACCAUCUUAACCAUAUAAUAUGUAAUAUCAUAAAAAGAAAAACGAAUAAACAAAUAAAUAAAUAA